AUGAGACGAGAAGGUCGGCAACAUGGUAUUGUCCGAACUUACCGGAUUCUUCCACCUCCGCCGCUUAAUCCAAGGCUGGUCAACUCUGCAACUCCAUCCACAUCCUCAGAAGUUUUUACCAAGUUGCCAUCAAAACCGACCAGAGCUCACCGGAGAAUAUGGUCUGGUCAGGUGCAUUGGCUGAGAUCAAAUGACAAGGCUUCUUCCAGCUAUAAACUGCUGACUUGUCGGAUCAUUACCAGACCCGGAUCCGGUUUAACUGAUCUUAAUGGUAAUGGAGACGAAAGUGAAGAAGACAAAGGAGGAGAAGCUGAAGUUGAAACGAUAGAGAGAGAGAAUGGACAUAACAGCGACAAAGAAGAUGGUGAGUCUUGUGGUGGGGAUGAUGAGGAUGAAAGCAUGAGUUUUUACGAUGUGGGGAUGAUGAUGAUGGAACAUGGGUUAGAUGACGAUGAAGAAGAAGAUGGUUGGUGUUUGGUCUGA